UUCUCGGGCAGUUUUAGUCAACCUGUCGGUUGUGGAAAUGGACGAGAAGAACGUUUCAAUACCCAUUUAACACAUCACAUUAUAUCUGCCUCCAAACAACUACUUUGAAAAGCCACAUCACCUUCAAAUGCAAUGUAAAAUACGGGAAUUAAAACCGCAGGAACUGAACACAAGCUGCAUUAUUGGACUCCUCAUCUCCUUACCUGUCAAGUCUUGUUACCUGGCAACUGAAAACAACUGGUUGGACUAGUUUUUGGCCUCCUGGCCACCAAGUCUGUCCAUGUUGACCACCCAGGAAGAGGUUUAAAGAUUCUGCCGGAUUUCAACUUACCUGCGGUACAUGUAGUGGAGAAGAAAACAUCAGACUUCUACAAGCCAGAGAUAACUGUUCCAUUAUAGUCUCAUUUUGGGCUUGAUUUGAAUACUUGGCUAUCCAGACUGCAUUGGCCAGGUACAGUCAUGCACCUAGAGGUAAAGGUAGCUCUGAAUUUCAUUGUGUCCUACCUGUACAACAAACUGCCCCGUCGUCGUGCUGACCUCUUCGGGGAGGAGUUGGAGCGGAUACUGUUGUCGCGCUAUGAAGGCCACUGGUACCCUGAAGCUCCUCUGCGGGGCUCUGCCUUCCGCUGCCUGCACCUAGGGGCCCCCAGGGACCCAGUGGUGGAGCUAGCUGCGAGGAGAAGUGGACUGGACACAGAUGAAGUGCGUGCCAAUGUCCCCCCUGAGCUGAGUGUGUGGAUCGACCCCUAUGAGGUGUCCUACCAAAUCGGGGAGAAGGGAGCCGUUAAGGUCCUGUACUUGGAGGAUCCAUCCGGCUUAGGUGGGGAAGGCGAAAUGGUGGAAGUAGUAAUUGGAGUGAGUAAAGGGGACAUGGAGGUAGAGGAGGCCAAGAGCUUAGGGUUCAACCCUGAGGCCCAGGUGUUUGUUCCAAUUGGAGCCCAGAUAUCUCCAGUUCUGCUUCCUUCCCUCUCCAGCUCACCCACACCUCUCUCGGCUUCAUCCUGCCCAGUGAUUUUCAGCUAUCCCAGCUCCAGCACACCCACGAACCCAACGGCCCACUCUAACACAUCCACACCUUCCCCUCCAAGUGGGGCACUCCCUUACCUCCCCUCUCAGCAGCCAACGACUGCACUGCCCAGCACCCGUCUACCACUGCAGCCCAUCACCUUCACCACGGCCAGUUUCGCCGCCACAAAAUUUGGCUCCACCAAGAUGAAGAAGUGUGGCGGUUCCGGAUCGGCUGGCGGCUCAGGUGUAGGCAUGCCCCCGCCACAGAGGAUGCUCGCCUGUUCCCCCACCAACAUCUCUCCCCCAGGGCUGCUGAAACACAAGCCCCUCUCAGUCUCCCUGCACUCCCUGGGGGCUCAGAUCCCCAGCCAGCUCUCCCCUAAUGCCAAAGAGUUUGUUUACCCGGCAUCCCCAGGGCCCGUAUACUUUGACAACGAUGCUCCGCCCAUACUACCACACUCAAGCCCCUUCCAGCUCCCUCACCCCACCCACUCCCACCCCUCAUUUGACCCAUUCUCCAGUCCCCCACCUGGUCCAGCUGUUGGCAUCAUCGGUGGUAGCGGUGGGAUUUCUUACAUUGAGAAGCCCUCAUUUGUGGAGGGGAUAGGGGGGUAUAACCUGCAAUAUCCCAGCCAGGCCUUCCAGCCGGUGGUGCUGGCCAACUAAGCCUUUCUUAUGAGUAUUUCUGUUGCAGCAGUAGGGCAGUAAUGCUCAAGUAUUUUUGGGGGAAAAUUGUUCUUACUGUGAUACUAUAGCGUAGAAUUAGUUUUGUUACUACUACAACCUCCACUAUAUAUUUCAAUAUGAUUAUUUCCAUAUCAUUUAUGUUUGUUUUUUUGUGGAUUUUGAUUUCAGUUUCUCUAACCAGAGGAGUAACCAGCCUCCUAUUGCACAGACAUUAUUUUCAUUGAAUGUUCAGCAGAGUAAAAUGCCCUUCAGCUUUGGUCUAUUGACAGCAGUAUGGUAGUUAUGCUGUGAAAAAGGACCAAUGUCCUGUAAAAUGGCUUUAGAAAGCUUAGCGCUUUGCAAUCUGCUCGGCCUUAGUUACCAAAAAUGCACAGAGGGGUUUGUGCGGGUUUGGGGAUGUCUUAUUCAUGCUAACAAGUGUUAAAUGUAUGGUCAUUGUGAAUAUAGUGAGCCUAUUACUAGAGCCUUGAAACAUGUCUGAAUUGGUUUGGCGUGAGGUAGCAGUAUUUGCCAUUUGUCAGUUCUGAAAUCUGGUUAUGGACAUGCUUAGAAAGGGAGCCUGUGUGUAGUGUCUUGGGAAAAGGGAGGGUUUAAUGUGCAGGGUAUGAGGAAAUGUAUCUGUCAUGACAGGAAGAAUUACUGCCAGGGAGGUCAGCGAACCUUGGUGAAUGUGAGGCAAGUUGAUUUUUGUCUUCAGAUAUAAUGACGUACUAAUCUCACAGACACACACACAGACCGAAUCUGUCAGCAGUGUGUGAAGGUGAACGGGCGUUGUUGGAGGGGAAUAGGAUGCUGCUAAGCAAUGGGAAUUGUGAUGAAUGGCUUAGCGUGACUGACUAUGAAGGAGAGGUCUUACUCUGCAGGGAAAGGAGGACGAGGAGGGAGUAAGGAGAGGAAAAAGGGAUGGCAAGGCAGGGGCAUCGAUGACGUUUUAACACCUUUUGGCAUCUUGGGUGCAAUGGCUUUAGACUGACACUUUAAAACCCGGAGCACGUUUCUGUAGAACUUUAGUGGCGUUGCAGCCAAAGGCUCACGCUAGGUCCCCUGCUCUUUAAUCCCUUAAUUAUCUCUGUUCCAGUUGCUGCUCCAGUGGGAGACCAGCAUCAUAUAAUGAAAGCUGUUUUCCUUUUCAAUUUCCAGGACUAUGAAUGUUAACAAAACCUGUGUUUUUGUCACUUUAUGAUGCCAUGUCAGAUCAUUCUCAUGUAGAAGGUGGUGAUACCCUGGCUCCAUAUAGGUAAUCGAGGGGGCAGUAAUUGUCACCAGGGUUCAGGCAGCCCCCGCCUUUCCUUUUGAGCCAUCCAGCACUUUAUAUUAUUGGGCUAUAGAUGCUAUGUGACCCCCCAGUCAUGUAAGGCGCUAAACAUUAUUUUUUUCUUCUUAUUGGCCCAUUAUGUUACAGCUGCAUCUGCUAAGAAAUGUUGGUUCUGUUCCAAUGAGAUUUGUAUUUGGAUAGAAGGGGGAGUGUCCCUAGCCAUCUGAAUGUUUUCUAGAUUGUGCCAUGUAAACAUCUGUGUAUAAGCUAACAUAAGUACACUGGUAAUUGCUGUGAUAGUUGGUCAUAUGCGUGUCAUUCAAACUGUUUAUUUAUCUUUUCGUCCAGGGGUUGGGAGGGGAGGGGCGGAUCUCUUUAUAAUUGUAAUGGUUGUGAGGAAAGGGGUCAUUUUUACAUUUGUAAUUUAUUUUAAAUUUUCUAUAUUUUUCCUAUUUUUUUCAAAAGUAAUUAAGUACAUUUGUAAAGUUGAGAGAGAGAGAUGUUAUAACAGUAGGAAUAUGUAUAUAUUAUGUUCAGGUUUCCUUUGUUUAGUUAUGUGCUGAAGUUAUUUUUACAAAAAUAACUAAAUAUAUAUGCAAGUUGGGAAUAAAAAUAAAGAUGUAUAAAA